AUGCACGCUGUUGCCUCCGUCCAGCGCGGCCACGAUUUGCUCUCCAACGCGCUUCGAGGCCGCAACCGGGCUGUUUCAGAAGCCCUGCCUCCUCCGUCCGAACGCCCGCGUGAGCAGCCGCAGCUGCCCAAAGCCGCCAGUUACACCUACUUUCCGCGCGUCAAAGACCUGGAUGACCCGCACCUCUUGGAAUUGAAGGGGACGAUAUCAGAAGAAGAACUGAAGACGGGCGUCAGCCCAGAUGAGUCGUACACAUCGUCGGAUGGUUCGAGCCCCGACGAGGAGGGGCUACCCGAGGAGCGAAUGCCAGAAAUGCCGCAGCUGAGGCCCCGUAAUUCACGCCGGUCGUCGAUAUUCCUGUCUUUUUCUAGCAAAAGCCGCGAGCCCUCCCGAGAGCGCAAAGCCGACCGCACCCGCAGCGACAGCUUAAAGCGAUCAGAGAGCUCGAAUGCCAUAUCGCCAGUCCGCGGGCUGACGCGCCUGCGGCGGAAGAGCUUUGUCGGUUCGAGGUCCUCCUCGCCCACCAAGGAGACUGGUAGUCCCAAGAAAGACGACGACUCGCGCAAGAAUUCGCUGAGUGUCGAGGCAAACAAGCGGAAGGGCUUGGAAGUAAAUGCCAGCAUUCCAGAGGAGUCCAGAUCAACGCAGGAGGCGAGCGAUAGCCCCACGACACACAAGAGCCGUUUUCUUACCAAGAAAAACAAACGACUCAGUGGCAUCUUCACUCCGUCGUCCACGGAUCCCGUUCCACAGCCUGCAAACGCAAACGAACCGCCCGUUCCUUCGUUCCCGAAAUCAUUCUCCACUGACAAGCUACCUUCCUAUGUCAGAUCGCCAACCAGUCCGACCCACAUUCCUCCGCUACCGCAGAGCAUCGCUCCAGACAAGAUCAAAGGUCCCAAGACGGAGCCACGUAAGAAGGACGAGCUCUGGACGGUGUUCCGGACGCUCGAGGGGGACCUCCGCAAGUUCCAACACAAGUCCAUUGCCUUCAAGGCCAAUGUCCUGCGCACUGGGCUGCUGCCGUUCCUCCGAGCCUACGCCGUCCACCCCUCAAACCACAAACUUCGUCCGGAAGAUCUGGACCGACGCGCCAACAUUUUGAAUGGUUGGUGGACAGCGCUUUUGGAGCUCCUCUCGGGGCGCAACAACCAAUCCAUAUCUGGAACCGACCGUCCUGCCAUAUUGGAGGGCAUUUCUGGAAUCAUGGAAAGACCAGAAUGGAGACUUUCACCGUCGCCAUUCUGUGCCCUUGCCGACCGGGUCGAGACUGCGUCUACAACUACUACAAAAUCUGCGGGGUCGGCUUCAUCGUCGUCCUCUGAUUUUCUCACGGAAUCAGUUUACCACAACGUUCGCAACAUCUUCACGCAAAAUCUACUUGCGCAGAUGGCCUUUGUGAUCGAGAAGAUGGCACUUCGAAACGCAGCUGCUAGCUUGGUGACUUUCUGUGGGAAGACAUGCGCAUAUGCGUUUUGCUUCUGCCCUGGAAUUGCUGAUAUCUUGGUACGUCUCUGGACGCCUGCUCAUGAUGCGAUGAAGCGGGUCAUGGAAGAGUCGGGCAUCACAAGACUGGAUAGGCUCGACGACGUCUCAGAGCACAUUGUUUCCGCCUUCCCUCCAACGCUCCAUUCGUUAAAAUUUAAGUCCUUGGCCACCACGGCCCGGUCCCUACGUCGUUCGGCAAUUAUGCCGCUUGGGACUGCCAGUUUAGAUUGGUACGGUGCCUGGGUCAAACGCUGGUCGGGUGCCGAGAGUGACCUAUUUUACGUCUUCGUGAAGCACUACCACAUACUCGUCUCUGAGUUUCUCCCGAAGACAUCAACAAGCGUACAGCGUCUCUGCGCUCCGGGUAUGAUCAUGGUUCAUAGUCAAAUCCUGGUGAACUUGGAUGCAACAAUCAACCGUUUUGCCGCUCCGCAGCAGACCGAGGAACCCACGAACAGUACAUCUUCCAUCACCUUCGAUGAUGUUCUAGCGGAUCCAGAUGCUUCUGCCUCGACUGUGCCUAUCCCUCCAGCGAACGCCACUCGACAAAUGGCCGAAAAUCGUAUCAUUAUGCUGAUACGCGAUUUUCUCUCCGAGCGGAAUUCUCACAUUACUUCCGCUAGACAGAUCUUUGCGGAGGGUUUCAGCUGCCUGCUGAAGGCAGCGGCUCGGAGAGUCUCCGUCUAUGAUAAUAACGCCUGCUAUAGGCUUUGUGACUUUUUGGAAGAGGCGUUUGUAAUCUUGGCACGAUACGAACAGAUGCUGGAUGAGCGUCACUCAGUGCUAGACUGGCCAUUCUGGAUGUCGGUCUGCAAACUGAUGGCCUCAAGUCACAAUACCGCAACCGAGAUCAAGCUCUUCUCUUUCCUAUACAGUACUUGGUCGGUCCUGGUUUUGGACGAACGUCGCAAGGAAAGCCUUUGCCUUCAAUUCCUACUCGAGUCGGAAUUCUUUGAGAGUAGAUUCAACCACUGGUGUCCGAUGGUUCGUUCUUACUAUAUGCGGAUAUUGUGUUGGAGGGUCGCCCGCUUCGAUGGGGGGGAUGGAGCGUUGGAGUUAACUAUUAUGAAAACUUUGAGCGACCGACUGCGCUCAGUAUGGUCUCACUAUCUGUGGCUUCGCGAGCAAGCAGAGAAUAAGCGGAUUCUUCCCCCGUCUACACAAGCUUGCAAUCCCGCACCCGGUCGUCGUUUUCUCAUCAUACGUAAUGAUAAUCCUAUUGUCACCAAUACUCAGCCAUUCCUCUCGUUCGACGGUGUCAUGCAGUCGCCAUCGUCAAGACGAGCUUCGCCUUCCUCGAAAUCCACACCCGAGCGUCCUUUAUCGUCCGCUUCGGUCGACUCUCAGGAUUUCCCAGACGAAGCCGCACCGAAAGGGCGAUGGAACAUCCUCCGCAGUUUCAUAGGUGGUGCGCCGAAACAGUCGACAAAAUCAAAGAGCAGCGACGCACUUAAAAAGGAAAAGGAAAACACUAAACCGAUUGGCCCUGCGGCGCCGAAUAGCGAACUUGAUCCUGUGCCGGAUAUCAAAGAAGCGCCUGUCACCGCAUAUUCCCACCCGGUACCCGCCCACCGUAGCUACAGCUUCCGUUUCUCCUUGGAGUGGGUAGACAAACGAUUUGGUACCUAUCAGAACAUGCGCCUCAGUCCACCGCGUCUACCAUUACCUGCGCAGGUGCUCCUCCAGGAGAAAGGAAUCAAUAUCAAUCCAGUCUUAAGUGCACAACCAACUGGGCCUGCGGCUACGUCCAGUACCUAUGCUGGGCGUGCACUUGCUGAAUGGACGUUUGUUUCACACGAAUGCCAGAACUUCUUCGAUCGUCGGAAGAACGAAGGAGUCCCUUCGAACAGACAAGUUGAAACACCCACUCUCGCUGUAGAAGCUUUCAGACGCCCCGGGUGA